UGUUUCUCUCUCUCUCAUCCAUUUGAUCAUUCAUCUCUCUCCUUCUUCUAAACAUACUUUGAGUUUCACUAUUUUCCUUCUAUAUAACUCUGAACCCUUUUCCCUGUAUCUCUCUCUCUCUCUCUCUCUCUCUGAUUCCACCUUUACUGGACAAAAAGAAGAUCAUUGCACCUACACUGACCCAUCUCUCUCUUUAGCUAGCUUGCUUGUUUGCUUGGUUUCUGUGUGUGUAUGUGUAUGUGUCAUGAUACCAACUUAUCCUUAUUCUCUUCCUCCUCCUCCUCCUAUGCCUAUUGUAGAUCUUAAUAUUGUUGAAGAUCAAGGCCAUGAUCUGAUUUUUAGCCCAACCCACCAACCUUCUUCUUCUUCCUCUUCUCUAUCAUGCCCUAUUCUCUUUAAUCCCCAGGAUCACGCAGGAUAUUCCUACUGGGAGUCCAAUAACUUACAAAAUGAUCAUGAUCACGAGACUGGGAAGAAUAUUAUUGGCUCAAGUGGAUCAUGGAAUGAUCCAGAAGAUCAUGAAAAGGGUGGUGUUGAGAUCAUCAGAAAGAGGGGCCUGAAGCUGAAGGUUUGGAAGAGAUCAGAAGGAUCAAAGAAGGAGGAUGAUGAAAAUUAUCAUCAAACUGAGGAUCAUGAUUCAGUGAAGUGGAUGCCUUCAAAGAUGAGAAUGAUGAGGAAGAUGAUGGCUCCUUCAGAUCAAAAAGCUUCUUCUUCUUCUUCUUCUUCUGAUAUGAACAUCCCACCUGUACUAGGCAACUCUCAGCAGAUUAUUAACUCAGAAGAUCAGAAUCAGAACCAUCAGUCUACUCCAGGAACAGAUAAUAGUAGCAGCAGCAACAAUUCUUCAACCCAAACUAACAGUAAUACUCAUCAUCAUCAUAAUAAUAUCACCGUUAGGGUUUGUGCUGAUUGCCACACCACCAAGACCCCCCUUUGGAGAAGUGGACCAAGAGGCCCUAAGUCACUAUGCAACGCUUGUGGGAUUAGACAAAGGAAAGCAAGGCGAGCCAUGGCGGCGGCCGCGGCUGCGAAUGGGUCGCCCGAUCUGCUGCAGGUGGCGGAGAAAUCCACAGUGAAAGGGAACUACAAGUUUCACAUCAACACAGAGAUGAAAAAGAAGUCGAAAUUCGAGCGUGAGACGACUCAUCAGAUGAGGAAGAAGCACAAGCCUGAUCAAGAUCAUCAUCAACAACAACAUCAAGCCAAGGCAGCCAAUGAUAAUAAUAAUUCAAGAGGCAGAACAUCAUCAUCAUCAAUAAUAAAGAAGUUUAGUUUUGAGGAUUUCACAGUAAGCUUGAUGAGCAAGAAUUUGGCAGCUGCAUCACAAGUUUUCCCUCAGGAUGAGAAGGAGGCAGCAAUUCUUCUCAUGGCUUUAUCUUGCAAUGGCCUAUUGAGCUAGCUGGCCAGGUUGAUCUCUGUGUGUGUGUGUGUACUGGUUCAGUUAAUUUUCUGGUUAUAAUAAUUAGGGUUUUGAUGAUGAUAAGCUUGCUUUUCUAAUUAGUAAUUUGUAUGUGUGUAGUCAAUGUAUUGGUACUUCAAUUUGUUAUAAUUAUGAGAAGGGGAUGCAACAGAUAGAAGAGAAUCAUGAGAUGUGAAGUGAAGACUUAAUUUUAAGAUCUUAUGUUAGAUUUUGAACAAGUGGAGACAACCAAAAAAAAAAAAAAGUGUCUCUCUUUUGUUAUCAUCUUGGCAAAUUCAAUAAAAUUUAUUUUUCAGGAA